AAAAAAAAAAAUGUAAACAAAAGGAGUAGUAAAUCUAUCCUUUGCUAUUAAUUAUUGUCUAAAACAAAAAGAAAGAAAAAAAAAAUAUUAUAAAAAAGAAAAAAUGGUACACGCGAGAAAAUGAGGAAAAGUGAGAGAAAGUAAGUGAAAAUUUUUUCAAACAUGUUUUAUUACUUCAGCUGCUUUCCAAGUACUCUUCUUCUUCUUCUUAUUCUUCAUCAUCAUCAUCAUCAUCAUCAUCAUCACCAUCUAUCUUUCUUCUGAUGUGGUUCUGGUUGCUGAUUCACUCAAACCCUCGAGAGUCUAACAUUCAAAAGAGAUUCCUUUAUCAAAAAGAAAAAGAAAGCAUUGAUCUUUUGUUAGUUUUUGCCUAGGAGAAAUCGGCUUUUCAUCUUAUAAAAGUUGAUCACUUAGUACACGAGACUGCAAAGGAUGCUGAUAAUUUAGUUUUUCACAGUUGAGUUGAGAUGCUUUGAAGAAUCAUGGUAUGAUGGAGCAGUCAAGAAUAAAUAAACAGCCUCAAUACAAUUCCACUGAACCCGGAAAUGAGGAACUACAGCCGCAUUCUCAGUCAUUUGUGCGUGAUCCUUUUAGCAGUAUGCAUAUGAAUACAAGACCCCCUGACCCCAAUAUGUCAGAAGUUAAACCUGUCCUUAAUUACUCCAUACAGACAGGCGAGGAGUUUGCCUUUGAAUUCAUGCGUGAUCGGGUGAAUCCUAGGAAGCCUUUGCUUCCAGAUACUGUUGGUGAUCCCAAUUGUGCACCAGGUUAUCUGGAACUUAAGGGCAUGUUAGGUAUCAAUCAUGGGUCUGAAAGUGGGUCUGAUAUUUCAAUGCACAGAAUAGCCGAGAAAGGUCCCAAACAGUUUGAGAGAAAAAAUUCAUCUUCACAUGAAGGCAGAAAUAACCAUGCUUCAGUUCCAUCAGUUCCACGAAGUUCAUCAGGCUUUGAAAGUGGUAGAGGAGUUGUUCGUGGCUAUGCCUCUUCUGGAGCCUCUGAUAGCUCAUCAAUGAAGAUAAAGGUACUCUGCAGCUUUGGUGGUAAAAUUCUACCCCGGCCUAGUGAUGGAAAGCUCCGGUAUGUUGGAGGUGAAACACGAAUUAUCUGCAUAAGAAAGGAUAUUUCCUGGCAAGAGCUUAUGCAGAAAGCUUUAUCGAUGUGCAACCAAACUCAUAUAAUCAAGUAUCAGCUCCCUGGAGAGGAUCUUGAUGCCUUGGUUUCUGUAUCAUGUGAUGAGGAUUUGCAGAAUAUGAUGGAGGAAUGCUCUGAUUUUGCAAAGGGAGAAGGGUCAAAAAAGCUUAGGAUGUUUUUAUUCUCCAUGAGUGACUUAGAAGAUGUUCAGUUUGGUCUUGGUAGCAUGGAUGGUGACUCUGAGGUUCAGUAUGUGGUUGCUGUUAAUGGCAUGGAUCUUGCGUCAAAGAAAAACUCAUCUCUGCAUGGUUUGGCAAGCUCUUUGGCAAAUAAUUUAGAUGAGCUAGAUAGACAAAGUACUGAAAAAGAGACUAACAGUGCUCCAAUAGACUCAGCAGGGAUUAGCAGUGUUCCUUUGACGGGCAAUAUUGUUUCACCAGUCACGAUUCAAUCUUCAGAAUCUAUGAUUCCUAGUUCCUCUAGUGCUUUUGUAAUAAAGCCUCCUAUUUAUCAUGGGAAGAUGGUUAAUUCUGGAGAAAAUAUGCAGUACCCAUUUCAUGAUGUCCAUGUUCCUCCUAUUCCUUCCUCUUUAGUUUCUAGUUCAAUUCCCCUCCAUGUGAGUAUGGCUCAACAUGGAGGUUCAACUGAAGGGCAACAGUUCAGUGGAUCAAGAGCUGAAAAUUCUCAGAUGCCAGUAAAGCAAGUGAAACUAAAAUCUGAGAAUCCAGUGCCGCAAGAAAGUACUCCUGAAAAGGUUUUCUCCUCGGGGAAAGCCUAUGGUGUCCCUUUACAACCACAUGACGGUAAUUUGAUGAAUUAUUUUCCUGUUGAAAAUGCGACAGUUGCAGUUACUGCUUCGGAGGGGGGUCCUCAUUUAUUGUCUUCAAAAAAUGAGGUGAAGUACCAGGAGCCUGACAGGGUUGCUUCAUCAAAUAACUCUGUGAAUCCUUUGCAGGUUCCCAAGUCUAGUGAGGAUGAUUUUCAUUCCACGACAUUUGCCCCUGGUUAUGGUGGGUCCGAAUCCAUUGCAAUUGACUUGACUUAUUUUGAGCAGCCUGUUAUUCCUCAGAGAGUUUACAAUUCAGAAAGAAUUCCCAGGGAGCAGGCGGAGUUGCUUAAUCGAUCAACAAAAUCUGAUGAUUCACAUGGUUCUCAAUUUCUCAUAUCUCAUUCUCGUUCUGAUGUUUCCCAGCAGGAUCCAAUUGCAGAAGGUGUUGACAAAUUGCGUGAAGAUGGAAACCAGGCUCUGCAGGUUGAACAAUCCACCUCAACAGCAAAGUCAUUACAUGUGGAUACUCAUAUGGUUGAUGAUGGGCUUGCCAGACUUCAAAAGUACGGAGAGUCUGCAGAUUCAGUUGCUCGGAUGAAGUCAGAACUAUUGCAAGGUGCAGGAAGUGGGUCAAAGCAUGAGUUACCAAAAACUACAGAUAAUAAAGAUGUUACAACCAGUGAUAGGACUCUUAAAUCUGAGCAAGAAACAAUUUUCCCUGCAGAUGGCCUUAAAAAGCAUGUAAUAGAUGAAAACUCUGAACUUCCAACUGUAAUCCCAAAAGCUUCUGUUGAGAACCCUGAGGAACCUUUGUCUAAUCAGCCAGUUCAUCCUUCUAGUGAGGUCACUGGCGAGGAUCCUAGUCAUGAUGACACUUUCGUUGAUACACAACCUUUUCCUUGGACCAAGAAGUCAGCUAAACAUGUUUCUCAUGACGCACCCUCAACUGCUAUAUCCUCAUCUACGCAGGUUGAUAUUGAAGAUCGAUUUCGUCGUGAUAUCCUGUCUGACAUAUUUUCCAAGGCAAUAUUCUCUGAUGAUUCCCCUGGUGUUGGUUUGCUGCACAAAGAUGGGGCUGGCUUGAGUUUAAACAUUGAAAAUCAUGAUCCCAAACGUUGGUCAUAUUUUCAUAAAUUGGCACAAGGAGGGUUUCUUCAGAAAGACUUUUCUUUGAUUGACCAGGAUCAUCCUGCAUUUUCAUCUGUGCUUGAAAAAGUUGAAGAAGGAGAUAUCAAAUCUUAUCAUCUUACACCUUUUACUACAGAUGGAGUUUUGAUGGACCAUGUUGAUUCCCAUAUGAAAGUUGGUGAAAUUGAUCCUAAAGAAUUUCCUGCAAAGACUGCAGCUGACAUUAUAGUUGUGCAGUCAAAUUAUGAUCAAUCCCAAACGAAGGACACUGAAAGUAUACAGUUUAGUGCUAUGAUGGAAAACCUAAGAAUGCCAGAGCUGGAAUAUGAGGAUGGGAAGGUUGAAAGUAGAAAUGUUGGUUUACCUCCACUAGAUUCUUCCCUGGGAGAUUUUGAUCUCGGUGCCUUAGAGUUACAGGUCAUUAAAAAUGACGAUCUUGAAGAGCUGAAGGAACUGGGUUCAGGUACUUUUGGGACUGUGUAUCAUGGAAAAUGGAGGGGAACAGAUGUUGCAAUUAAGAGAAUAAAGAAGAGUUGCUUUACUGGGAGAUCAUCAGAGCAAGAGAGAUUGACUGUAGAGUUCUGGCGGGAAGCUGACAUUCUUUCAAAGCUUCACCAUCCAAAUAUAGUAGCCUUUUAUGGUGUAGUGCAAGAUGGACCAGGGGGAACGCUAGCAACUGUAACUGAGUUCAUGGUUGAUGGUUCUCUUAGGCAUGUUCUACUUCGUAAAGACAGGUAUCUUGAUCGUCGCAAGCGGUUAAUAAUUGCUAUGGAUGCAGCAUUUGGGAUGGAAUACUUGCACUCAAAGAAUAUUGUGCAUUUUGACUUGAAAUGUGACAACUUGCUUGUGAACUUGAAAGAUCCUUUACGUCCAAUUUGCAAGGUCGGUGAUUUUGGCCUCUCAAAGAUCAAACGAAAUACCCUGGUUUCUGGUGGUGUUCGUGGAACAUUACCAUGGAUGGCGCCAGAGUUGCUUAACGGAAGCAGCAUUAAGGUCUCUGAAAAGGUUGAUGUCUUCUCUUUUGGUAUUGUUUUAUGGGAGAUUCUAACCGGUGAGGAGCCAUAUGCUAACAUGCAUUAUGGUGCAAUUAUAGGAGGUAUUGUGAAUAAUACAUUGAGACCGACAAUCCCAAGUUAUUGUGAUCCUGAAUGGAGACGGCUGAUGGAGCAGUGUUGGGCUCCUAAUCCUGCAGCUAGACCAUCCUUCACAGAAAUUGCUAGCCGUUUACGUGUAAUGUCUACAUUGGCUAGCCAAACUAAAACCCAGGUUCAGAAGCCAUCUAAGUGAUAAUAUAAACCGAAAAAUAUAUUCAUUCUGUUCUGCACAAAAUAAUUGUAUGUAUUAUAUAUCUAGCAGUGCUAAAUAGUUUACAUGGUGUUUAAAUUUCAAAUGGAAAUUGACUCUUCUCUGGAUAUUUGCUGAUAUCCAAUUUUGUUAAUUGCCAAAGGUGGCAAAAUUGUCAAAUGGAUGUUAUGGCUACCCUUGGACGGUAUGAAAACAUGAUUUGUAAUUAAUGCUUGUGUUAAUAUAUUAUUUUGCAAUUCUACCACUA